GUGAGUCCUUCGACACCGCCCCUCCGGAGGGUGCAACUGCGGGACGGAGCAGACGCCAACUACACUCAGGGUUACUGGCUGUAAACAAACCUGUUCACCAUCACGAUGUGGGGAAAAAGGCAGUUUUCCUACAAUCGGUUUUCCGUACUGUCGCUCCAGGUUGUAACGCUCAUCUUCGAUUGACACCUGGUAAAGAUUUGGCAGCCCCUACUGGGACACUGGAAUAGGAGGACAGUUUCUUUUUUUUUUUUUUUUUUUGGAGCGUUAAUUCUGUCAUCCUUUGUCGCGGUGACUUCUAUGCGACGAUCAAAUGGUAAUUCGUGCAGGAAAGCUAGCUCGCUAACCGUUAGCACACGUAAAAUUGUGCUGUUUUCGCACCGCUCCCCGGUGCUAGCUCCACCGGGAUCAAACGCACCCGAACAUGGCAGCGACUGCAGAGCACGACCUGGCUCUGUCCGAAGCAGACAGCAGCAAAGAGAAAGCUCAGGUGUUUGGGAUUUUGAGGCUACAGGAGGAGAAAACUGGCACUGGGAAUAAAUCUACCAGCAGCGGGAGCGGCAGCGCGGUGAGAGGCGGAGGCGACGGCCGGUGGCAGGCUCCGAUUUUUGCUUUGGCAAGAAAAGCAUCCGAGACUAUCUCAGGGAGCAUUCACGUACUGCCCAAAGUGUCGGAACACAGGACUUCGCUCCCAGGAGACUGGACCGUCCAAGCCAUGCGGGACCCCAUGGCUAUGGAGCGAGCCAACCUCCUGAACAUGGCAAAGCUCAGCAUCAAAGGCCUCAUUGAGUCGGCUCUGAGCUUCGGACGAACGCUGGACUCGGACUACCCUCCUCUGCAGCAGUUCUUUGUGGUCAUGGAGCACUGUCUAAAACAUGGUCUUAAAGUGAAGAAGUCCUUCCUGGGUUUUAACAAAUCUCUGUGGGGUCCUCUGGAGCUGGUGGAGAAACUGUGUCCAGAAGCAGCAGAGAUCUCUGCUUCAGUACGAGACCUUCCUGGACUCAAAACUCCACUGGGCAGAGCCAGAGCAUGGCUGCGCCUCGCUCUCAUGCAGAAACGGCUGGCCGACUACCUGCGACUCCUCAUCACCCGAAAAGACCUCCUCAGUGAUUUUUAUGAGGAUUCAGCGCUGAUGCUGGAGGAGGAGGGAGCAGUGAUUGUGGGCCUGCUGGUGGGCCUGAACGUCAUUGAUGCCAAUCUGUGUGUCAAAGGCGAAGACUUGGACUCUCAGGUUGGAGUGAUCGACUUCUCCAUGUACUUGAAGAAUGACAUUGAUGAUUACAGGAGUGAGGAGAGGAACAGCCAGAUAGCAUCCAUUUUGGAUCAGAAGAACUAUGUGGAGGAACUGAACCGACAGCUGAAUUCCACAGUUCAUGGUCUUCAGGGUAGAGUUGACACUCUAGAGAAGUCCAACUCCAAACUCAUAGAGGAGCUCGCCAUAGCAAAGAACAACAUCAUCAAGCUGCAGGAAGAAAACCAGCAACUGAGGGGUGAAAACAACCUGAUUCUGCUAAAGGCACAACAGCAUUUAGAGGUUACUCAAGAAAACGUGUCUGUGGAGAGAGACACAUACAAACAGUCCCGUCAGGGUCUGGAUGAGAUGUACAACGAGGCCAGGAGGCAGCUGAAGGAGGAGUGCCAACUGAGACAGGAUGUGGAGAACGAGUUGGUGGCCCAGGUGUCGAUGAAACAGGAAAUGGAGCUGGCUAUGAAGCUUCUUGAAAAAGAUAUUCAUGAAAAACAGGACACACUGAUCGGACUGAGGCAACAACUGGACGAGGUUAAAGCCAUCAAUGUAGAAAUGUACCAGAAGAUGCAGUCCUCCGAUGAGGAGAUGAAGAAGAAAAACAACGUGAUCAGUCGUCUGGAGGAGAAGACCAAUCAGAUCACUGCCACCAUGAAGCAGCUGGAGCAGAGAUUACAGGAGGCAGAGAGGCACCGCACCUCAGCCGAGGAGGGAUCCAGGCGCUUCAAGCUGGACUUUGCCAACAAGGCCGACAGUCUGCAGCGGCAAAUCGAACACAGAGAGAAGCAGCUCCAGCAGCUGGAGACGGAUCUGAAGAUAGAGAGGGAGUGGAGACAGACGCUACACAAUGAUCUGGACAGAGAAAGAGACACGGUGUCUCAGCUCAGCACAGAGGCGCUACAGAUCAAUGGACUGAAAAAGGAGUUCCAUCGUCUCCAGGACGAAAACGUUCAGCUCAAGACAAUCUGUGAGGACCAAGAACAAGCUCUGGAGGAACUUGGCUCCAAGCUCAGCGAAUCCAAACUAAAAAUUGAGGACAUCAAAGAAGCCAACAAAGCUCUGCAGGGGGGUCAAGUUUGGUUGAAGGACAAAGAAGCCACUCACUGCAAACUCUGUGAGAAGGAGUUCUCCAUCUCAAGACGAAAGCACCACUGCAGGAACUGUGGGGAGAUUUUCUGCAACAGCUGCUCGGACAAUGAGCUUCCGCUGCCAGCAUCUCCUAAACCGGUCAGAGUGUGUGACACCUGCCACGCCCUUCUCCUCCAGCGCUGCUCUUCCAGUACAACAUGAGGGAGACCUGCUCCACUGCUGGGACGUCGGCAAUCAAACUCAAACAACCACUCGCAACCUCUUUAGAAGAUCCAUCCACAAACGUGUUUUUGCUGCUAAUGGGAGAACGACAUGCACUAAAGUUUAUGAUGUGUCAUUUGCGUGUUUAAGUCAAAUGAGAUGUGACUGCAUCAUACUUACAAGCCUGUUUCUACAGUUGCUCUGCAGAAACAGGAAGCAGUAUGUUUGAUAUAAUGGGGGCCAAAAUGUUAUACUUUAUUACAGAUGAGUUAGAAUUUUUAACAUUACAAUCUUUAAUGUCAAAGUAUAUUUGAUAGCGGGCAGUAAAACUGAACUUUAAAGACUCAACA